UCCCCUCCCACAACUAAAACAAAGAAAUUAUUUCCAACUUGCACCAAAAGCAGCUGAGCAAAAGCGAACUGCUCUUCAGGUUUUUUCUACCCGGUAAGUCAGCCGUCAAGAAAACGUCGUUUACCGUUUUUAUUCGUUAGAAGUGCAGUUUAAUAUCUCUCUUCAUGAAAUGAACAUGAGGCGGUUUCGUACGGAUUUUGGCUGAUUUAAUCUUUAAUUCUGGAAGUGAUUUAAGUGACUUUUAACAGCUUCCAGGCGUAGCUCAUUAUUUGUCACGUGUGCCCCAUGCUAACAGCCUAAAGAUACGCAGCAAAAAAUGAAAUAAUUCAUCGGGAUUUUAUAUUUUACUCGGGGUUACGUCUGACCCUCGACUGACCAUCAGUAUUGCCGUUUUUUUGUUUACAGCAUACAGUGAUCAUCCUGAGAUCAUUAAGGAUAAAGUGCUAAAUAAAAUAUGAAUUAUAUUAUCCUUAUGAAUUAAAUUAUGCAUGCGGUGUCCAUUUCUUAAUGAAGUACUGAAUAACGCUAAGGAUUAAUAAUUGAUGUUUACUGUCUUACUUGUUGGUGUAUGCCUAAUAUAUACAUUUGAACAUGGAUUCCGUCAGUUUAACCUCUUUGCGUAAAUCUCCAGCUUUCGCCUUUACACACACACACACACAGAUACAAACCCGAUCUUCAUGGUCUUUUUCCUAAACCAGUCUGUAGACGUAACCCUGUGCUUUGGCAGACGAUCCCGGGAGGUUUUACCCUGGUUGUCUUGCUUAGCACUUCCCCACGCUGGUCAGUGUGACACAGACCACCCCCUGCUUGGAAGACCGAUUCCUGCUGUCGCGCGAGCCCUAGCGCCGUGUCGGGGAUUUAUAAUAAUAAUAUACUAUAAUGAUACUCAUUUGAUUGUCUCGUGGCCCGAGUUUUCCCACGCCAAUACAUUCAGGCUCAAACUUCAAUAACUGCUGUCGCACCUUCAGAUAAAUAAUUGGAGCGGUUUCUUUAUAUAUAUAUAUGACCUUACAUGUGAACUUGUCGUUUGUAAAUUAUAUAAUGGUUAAUGGUACGCUGUGAAUUAAAAUAUGGAGGCUGAACUGUGGUAACCGCGGCAUGAUGUUGCAAUGCCCCUUUCACGUUUAAACAGCUGCUUUAAAUAUCGGCUCAGACAGCUGGCCCCAAUCCUUUCGAAAGAAAAAUGUAAAAUAAAUUUUCAUUACGGUGUCAUUUAAGCGCAGGCAGAGCCAGAGUUCCAUCUCCACAGCAGGGUCACGGCCUGCAAGGAAAUCGCAGGCAGACUUCCGCUGAUUUUCAUUUUUUCCUGUUUGCGUCAAGACGCUUUUUGUCCUGAUUUUCGAGUUUCCUCCGGACAGUCCUCACUGUUGUUCAUUCUGGAGAAGGAACCAUGAAUCAAACAAGAUGGCUGUAAAGGCAUGCCCCCCAGCACAGAAUGACCAUCGGACCCCAGCAGACCUGCCCACCAAGGCGCUGAGGACAGAGCUCAAAUCUCUCUUACUGUUACGAUUUGUUGUAGAGUUCUUAGGGCUUUUCCUUAUUGAUUUUUAAUUACUAACAUUAUCUGCUCUUUUUCCUGGCCAGCUGUACUAGCGCCACAUGGAACGGAUGCUGAACUCUCAUAGGCAGCUGACCCUGACAUAAUCGGCAGUGCUCAUUGGUUGUUCCUGGCUUAUUAGAAGUAAUCGACCAAUCCUUUCUGCGGACAAUUCAAUAAGCUCCCUUUCAACAUCUGUUUAUUUAGCAGAUGCUUUUCUCCAAAUCAAUGGAGGAAGGCCUGGGUCAGAGAGCAGGGCCAGGCAGCAUCUCUGGGGCAGUCGGGGAUAAGGGUCCAGGCUGAAGAACUCAACGAUGAUAUGUUCAUUUUGCCAGCCUCAGUCUUCAAACCCAUGACCUUCUGGAUACAGACACAGAUCCUGACCCAAUAAACGCUGCAAUACCCAUCAAACCCAGACUGCGGAGGCAGGCAGAAAUCAUUCAGGGAGGAGUGACCCCUCCAAGCUCCAAUUCCAGCUCCUCCAUUUGGGGGAACCCUUUCCUAAGGAGAGACAGACAUCAUCCUCCAAAGCCUUAUCAACUUUAUGGGCUUGUUUUUGGGCUACUAGGAACAGUCGGGGUUUUGAAUGAUGUAGAAGGCGUUUUCUCAUAAUUGAACUCCAAGGGGACUAUUUCCCCAGAAUGCAGUGCGUGUUUUUGUGCCUUGGCGCUGGGGAAGUUAAAUCACUGCAUGUAAACAGGGACAGCUGGCUUAGCUCUGGGGACACGCUGUUAUUUAGUGAUGCUUCAUAUGCAGACCUUGUGGUCUUUUACGAGUCAGUUCCAGGAACUGUAUAAACAGUCAGAAAAAUACCCAUUGUUGAAACCCAGUUUAUUUUGGAUAAAAAGUUAGAGAAGGACUUGGAAGUGCUUGUUUUAAUUAAGGGGUGAUACUUCUGCCAGAUAGCGAGCAGUUUCAUCAAUGAAUUCUGGAGUAGCAUGACUGUAAUCGUCAUGAAACAUUCAGGAAGUUAAUGGAGAACUUACAUGUUUGUAGAUUGGUGGGAUUCACCCUGAGCUGCCAGUCACUGGCUGUGUACACCCAGUGAGACCCAGGUAAAAGACCAGUGAGUGUCAUACCAUAAUCGGGGCCAGUGGGCGUUUUGAAUCCCCGCUUCUCCUGUCAGCUGUGAAGGACGGAGCCCUCUCAUUCUCCCACAGGACAUUACAGGGGUGUCUGUUAGCGUUAGCCAAGUCGCUAGUCACCUGAGUGCUUUCGCUGCUAAUUUAAGUUGCAGGAGAUUUUUCCAGAUAAAAGCAGCCUGAUCUUCACUCUCAUUUUAUGCUCUGGAAGCUUUUAACCAGUGAGUUUUGUACUGAGGGUUUGACAAUAAGGUCUCUUCUGAACCUGGUGCUACUAGCUGGACGUCCAGCGCUGGUCACCUGAGCUGACAAGCAGACGCCACCCCAAGGUGACCAGCAUGUCAGCGAAGGUACGGAGCAUCGUUUGGGUAAAAUGGCAGCCCGGUCCAUUCCCGGAAAGUUGGCUAUGCUGAUCCUCUGGUUAGCCAGCUCUGAGCAGCAGGUCAUGACAACACAUGAUUACAUGAACUACACGUCCUUGUGGAAACCUUUUCCCACAGGAAACGUAAACCCUGAGAAGCUGUCUUCCAAGAAUGUUUCCACGAGAGUAGCCCGGCCUAGCCUGUGUCCCAGCUGGUGAGUACGGCUCCAGCAGUCCAUGGAGGCGGGUGGAGACUGGCAACGAACCGGUCCUGACCCCACACCCUCCUGCCGUCGUCUGACAGCUGUGUAGGCUCCUCGCUCACCGCUCUCCAGCAGUUUCCACCCACGGUGCAGUGGGAAUGCAAGGCUCCCAGUCAGUUGGGUGUCAGUGAAGUGUGCUGGGGUGUUCCUAGGGGGUGGGGGGCAUGCGUGCGUGCGGGCAAACGGGCGGCACCCUGCUGUCCUGCCUGCUGUGCGUGGCAGUGCCAGCACUGUUACGGCCUGACUCCAGGCUGGCGUACGUUACGGAGGGCAGGCUGUGUACCUGCACCUGCUCGCGUGAUCUGGUCGCCUGCAAUGCCAUCGGACACCCAGAAUGCAACUGCAGGGACUGGCCCGAGUCCACCCUAAACGGCACCAACGGCUCCAGACCCCUGACCGCGAAGCGCCUCACCGUCCUUUAUACCUCGCCACUCAACGUCGCCCUCUUGCUGAACAACUCGGAAGUUCACCACCUGUCACUGGUCAAGUGCAGUGACACUGGGAGCAAGGUUCCCUCCCAGGACUACUUUUCCGUCCUGAAGCUGGAGAAGCUGACUGUCUCGUACCCACUUCUCCAGGCCAGCCAAAGUCACGACUUUGUCCUGGGGACCCCCUACCAUGACGGAGAGACAGUCAGCAUCAUCCACAUGUCAGUCCUCCUGGGGAAGGCCUCCCUCAAGGCUUUCACUAUACAGGCCAAAACAGACAGCAACGGGCUCCUUCCUUUCGCCAGUCUGUGUGUGUCACCUGUCAGGCUUCCAGAACCUUCUAGAAUGUUUGUAACAUUUUUAUACUGAAGCAAAUGCUGCUUAAUGCAAAAUCAGGGGCACUGGAGUCCGUAGAUUGUUUUUAAAAAAAAAGCUUUUAGAAGUCUAGUAUCUAAUUUCACUUAGAAAACAUUUUUUUGAGACAACCAAAAAGAAUCAUGUAGUCAUUGAAUCGGGAAAAAAAUAGAUAUUUGGCACAAUACUUAUGUUUUACAUCUGGUUUAUGUAAUCGCAAUUUUUUGCAAAUCUACAGACACCUGAGUAACAAAAACAACCAGCUGUGUUUGCACCAGAUAAACUGGACAGUCAGCCAGCAGUGACAUCAAUCGCCUGCUCACAGGCUCCAGUGGACCCUGAAUGUAAACUGUGUCCUGAAUGUAAGCCCUGUUUAGCCCCAUUAGCAUGACAUGCUAACCAAUGUGCUGCACAGAUGCGGGUGUCUGUCUGUUUGUAUCAUGUCUGUAUCACAGAUGCAAUGCUAUCAUAUCUACUUUGUUUCUUAGUAAACUCUGUUUUUCUUCA